UACGUAUCAUGCGGGUUUUUGUUAGUGUGGUGGUACGGCAGUCGCAAGUCGCCGUGCGGAGUAGGAGGAAAUGCGAUGCAUCCACGAUAAUAUCGCGAUCAGCACGAGCAAACGACGUGUGGCGUGUGCUCCAUGGAAGAGCUUGUAUCUAUGAAAUUUACCGUGGAUCAAAUAUAUUUUUGUGUUUAUCGUUUUUUCUCUUCUUUUGCGUCUGUCUCACAUGAGUUAUACAAUAUAUUGUAGUGGCACAGUGAAGUACGUGGAUGAAGAAGCGUGUUCUCAAACGACGGUGCGGAUUACACUGACUUACAAUACAACGAAUAAGCACGAUGACUUUGUCCCAGUGUUCCGACGUCUCGGCCCUUUGAAGGAUCGAGAGACACUAAAAUUGUUGGUAGCAGUGUAUUAAACUUGAAAUUACGUGCCUAAUAAAGUACCUGCAAGAUUAUGAAUAGAUCUUUUAUUUUUUCAAUAAUUGGUUGACAAAAAAACAAACAUCAGAAUGAAUAAAGCUGAAAAUGUAGAUGCUGGCAAGGGCUGGCAUGAAUGUGCUAGUUGGUUGACAAGAUGUGGCGCAUUGCGAGCAGAUCACAGAGCCAACUGGCCACAGGCUACUGCAUUCGACUUAGCCUAUACAUUGCGAGAUGGUGUUUUGCUGUGUAAUCUGCUGAAUAUUGUGGAUCCGGGUUGUAUAGAUAUGAAGGAUGUAAAUCAGAAACCUCAAAUGGCACAGUUUCUGUGCUUGCGUAACAUUAAAGUAUUCCUGUCCGUAUGUUCGAGCAUCUUUGGCCUCUCUGAUUCUGAGCUCUUUGAGCCUUCUAUGCUGUUUGAUCUGUCCAACUUUCAUCGUGUUCUCUGUACACUCUCUAUCUUGUCCAACUGUCCACGACUCAGGCGAAGGGGUAUACCAGGAUUUUCCGUUGGUCACGGGAAGUCUCAAGAAGAUAUUUAUAAAGAUCUACAAAGUGCGGGCGCAGGCCGCGAAGAUGAGGGUCGCCGCAGGAGAUUUAAGAGACGUGAAGGUAAUGAGGCAAGUGGUGGAAGAGAUAACGAGGACCCAAUCGGCGAAGAGGAGGGUUACGGUGCUUUUUGCAGUCAUGCACAAAGCGAGGAAAUCUACCAGGACCUUUGCAGUCUGCACUUGCCACCCCCAUCUACGCAGGGUGUCAUUUCCGGAGGUGAGAAAAGAGAUUACGUGAUCCAGGAACUAGUGGAAACCGAGCGAAAUUACACAGAAGUGCUUCAUAGUCUGCUUAGGCAUUUUGCCCGGCCGUUGUCAUCAUUACUCCGGCCUGAAGACUCCGCCCGAAUCUUCUUCGGUAUCAAAGAGCUCUCGGAGAUUCACGUAGGAUUUCAUAGUCAAUUACGCAAAGCGCGAAACGGCGCCGCGCUUGCUCAGGUCUUUCUUGACUGGCGGGAGAAGUUUCUCAUUUACGGCGAUUAUUGCGCAAAUCUUACUGUUGCGCAAAGUACUCUGCAGGAAGCCUGCGCACGUAAUGAAGUAGUCAAUCAAGAAGUUAUUAGGUGCCAACAAGAAGCUAAUAAUGGUAAAUUUAAAUUGCGCGAUAUAUUGUCCGUGCCAAUGCAAAGAGUGCUCAAGUACCAUUUACUAUUGGACAAAUUGGUGGAAGAAACCCCUCGCGAGUGGAUCGAGGACUGUCGUGCUCUGGCGAAAGCUAGGGAAGUUAUGGUCGACGUAGCGCAGUACAUAAACGAAGUAAAGCGCGAUUCCGAUACGCUGGACAUCAUAAAGGACAUUCAGGCAUCGAUCAUUGAUUGGGACGUACCUGAAGACGCGCAAUUAAAAGAUUUCGGCCGGUUACUUCGCGACGGUGAGCUCAAGGUGAAAGCUCACGGUGAUCAACGAAUAAAGGCGCGUUAUGCAUUUAUAUUCGAGCAAGUGGUGUUGAUUUGCAAAGCGGGCAGAGGAGAUCAAUAUUGCUAUCGAGAAACUUUGCGAUUAGAUGAUUAUAGACUAGAAGACCAUAUAGGACGGCGAACACUGGGCAGAGAUUCACGCUGGUCCUAUCAGUGGCUACUUGUACAUAAGCAGGCAUAUACGGCGUAUACGUUGUACGCAAGAACAGAGGAGCAAAAGCAGAUGUGGAUAAAAGCGUUGCAGGACGCAAUUGACAACGUAAAUCCAGCUGCUUGUCGCAAUACCAAUCAUAAGUUUAAGCUAACGACGUUUGAUACUCCGAGGAGCUGUCAACGGUGCGGAAAAUUCCUUAAAGGGCGCAUAUUUCAGGGUUACAAAUGCGAGACAUGUCGCUUAGCCGUGCACAAGCAAUGCAUCGCACACUCGGGUCGCUGUAUGCCUACUUCACCGUCACCGACACCACCUCCGCCGCUACCUUGUGAACGAGCACUCGCCAUGAAAUUGUGGUUUGUCGGAGAAAUGGGCAGAGACGCAGCUUCUAAUAAAUUAGAAUCCCGCGAGGAUGGCACGUACAUGCUGCGCGUACGCCCAGCCGGACAACCGCGUCUCAAGCAUGAAACCAAUUACGCUCUUAGCAUUAAAGCGGAAGGUGCGGUUAAGCAUAUACGAAUAUUCAAACGCGACGUAGACGGCGCGGAUCUGUAUUAUCUCAGCGAAUCUCGUUUCUUUAAAAGUGUAGUCGAGCUAGUCGAAUAUUACGAACGAGCGUCACUGUCGGAAAAUUUUGAGAAGCUAGACCAACGUCUGCUGUGGCCGUAUCGACGUGUCGUAGCCAAGGCGUUGUUCGACUUUCGCGGCUGCGAACGCAAUCAACUGAGCCUACGACGCGGUUGCCGAGUUGUCGUGCUAAGCAAAGAAGGCGAUGCCAAAGGAUGGUGGAAGGGUAAAAUAGGUGAUCAAAUAGGAUUUUUUCCAAAAGAAUAUGUGGAAGAGGAAUAAGACUAUUGAUCAAAUUAUUAUUAUGUCGUUGCAUAUGACGUAUCGGAUUUCGAAAAUUCCAGUUUAGCGGAAGAUUUGAUAUUAUUUCUCUGUUACAAUGUGAUUUUUUUUUUUUUUUUUUUGAAACUGCAUUUUACUUUUUUUUAUUAACUUAAGCUUUCGCGAGUUUAACUUUUAGAGGACCGGCAGUUUUUUUUCAAAAUGUUGACUUUUUUUAACGAAAAAUGUAUGCGUAUAUAUAGAACCUACAUGUAGCGCAAAGUUUCCGAGUUUGUUUCUUUCAGUGUUACCCAGAGCUAUAAAGUGUGGACGUAGAAAGUUAUGUAGCUUCUUUUUUUAUUUAUAAUUUUUUUUAUGUUUUUAGUUUUUAAUUUUUUUCUUUUAUAGUUUAUUUUUGCAUUUUUUAAUUUUUUUUAUUGCGGGAAAAUAAUAUGUGACAGCGGUCACACAUAAAUACAUGCUUCUCAAGCACAAAUACAUUUUAUAUAUGUAUAUGUAUAUACACCUAUUAUAUAUUAUAUAUUUGUUUUUUUUUUAUA